AUGCAGUCAAUAAGGGCUUGUUGUCUCAAGAGCCAUGCGCUGGGCCCCGGCACGGAGGUGACAAGAGGACCUGAUACCCUGAGACAUGAGCUUGUGCCUACAGCAGUUUUCGCCCUAGAGCGCCAGACCAAAGGAACGUGGCUUGUGGACCAUGAGUUUUUAAUAAGCGACCGUGACAGAGACCCUCAGUGUAACCUGCAUUGCUCCAGGUCCCAGUCCAAACCCCUGUGUGCCUCUGAUGGCAGAACAUACGAGUCCAUGUGCGACUACCAGAGAGCCAAAUGCCGUGAGUCAAGUCUGAGCGUGACACAUCGUGGCCGGUGCAAAGAUGCUGGCCAAAGCAAGUGUCGAUUAGAGAGAGCUCAAGCACUGGAACAGGCAAAGAAGCCCCAGGAAGCAGUCUUCAUCCCAGAAUGCAAUGAGGAUGGAUCAUUCACUCAGGUGCAGUGCCAUACCUACACUGGAUACUGCUGGUGUGUGACACCUGAUGGCAAGCCUAUUAGCGGCUCUUCUGUACAGAACAAAACUCCUGUAUGUUCAGGUUCUGUAACUGAUAAACCAUCAAGCCAGGGUAAUUCAGGAAGGAAAGAUGAUGGUUCGAAGCCAACGCCUACCAUGGAAACCCAGCCUAUUUUCGACGGAGAAGAAAUCACAGCACCAACCCUUUGGAUUAAGCACUUGGUCAUCAAAGAUUCCAAAUUGAACAGCUCCAGUAUAAGAAAUUCAGAGAAAGUUCACUCCUGCGACCAGGAAAGGCAGAGCGCCCUGGAGGAGGCCAGGCAGAAUCCCCGCGAGGGUAUUGUCAUCCCUGAGUGUGCUCCUGGAGGACUCUACAAACCAGUGCAAUGCCACCAGUCUACUGGGUACUGCUGGUGUGUCCUGGUGGACACGGGACGUCCCCUGCCUGGUACUUCCACUCGCUAUGAGACUCCAGUGUGUGAAAGUGAUGCCAGAUCGAAGAGCACAGAGGUGGAUGAUCCAUUCAAGGACAGAGAACUUCCAGGCUGCCCAGAAGGGAAGAAAGUUGAAUUUAUUACCAGCUUACUUGAUGCUCUGACGACAGACAUGGUACAGGCUAUUAACUCAGCAGCACCUACUGGGGGUGGGAGGUUCUCAGAGCCAGAUCCCAGCCACACACUAGAGGAGCGAGUGGUGCACUGGUAUUUCAGCCAGCUGGACAACAACAGCAGCAAUGAUAUCAACAAGCGGGAGCUAAAGCCUUUCAAACGUUAUGUAAAGAAGAAAGCCAAGCCCAAGAAAUGUGCUCGGCGUUUCACUGACUACUGUGACCUCAACAAGGACAAGUCAAUCUCACUUCAGGAGCUGAAAGGAUGUUUAGGAGUCAGCAAGGAAGGAGGUAGCCUGAGCAGUUUGCCCAAUGGAAAAAGACAAGGCCUUAACCCUUUCAUAGGUCGCCUGGUGUAGCAGCAGAAGAUGGGAAGGGAAGGCAGGAGCUGACCCAAAGGAAGGAAAGAUCCAGCGACAGACGGACAGACACCUUGCUGCUUGUGAGCAAGCAUGCAGCAUCAGCAACAUCCAGCAUAGCAGAAGUGGCACCCAGAAUUUUUGCACUUUUUAAUAAUUGGUUUUGGUUUGUUUUUAAUUGCUUUUCAAUGCCAUAAUCUAAUACUUUGGAGAGUGGAGGGAAACGGGAUCAUGACUUUUUAAAAUUGGAACAGCUACUGAUGAUGUAAAAUUGAGUUCACUGGGACUCAAAGAAAGAAUUUUAUAUACUGUAUAUAAAUAUAUAUGUAAAUUGUACAGUUGUCUUGUACAGGGGUUGGAGUCACUGUUCUAUUCCUCCCUUUGCUUUUGAAGGCUGUUAGGGCUAGAGAGACACUUUGCCUUUACUGGAUGUAAUGCAUUCAUUUCUGCCACCAAAACAUCAUUCAGUGGCAAACCUUAACACCCCCAUGCAGAAAGGAGCCAGUGUAUCAGCAUGACUUGUUCUUGCAGAUGUGCACACACUGUGCCAGAUACCAAAUGCUUCUUGAGAGCAUCUGAACCCCCUUUCUUACUGUAAAGCCCUGUGCAACUCACAGGCAAUUGGGCUUUUGAGAGCACAGAUUUUGUUUAAGUAUUGGUGCACUGCAAAGCUGCUUAAAGUAGAGAUAGGAAAGGGUUGUAUUAAGGAUAUACAAAAGUAGUUUCUGCACUUGUUGCAAGUUGGACAGAAAUGAAUUACAAAUGCAUUGCUAUCCAGGCUCAGAUGAUAUGCUUAGGAAAGAUGUGCCAUGCCUCUGGAAUCUAAUGCUGUAGGAAGGAUGUGGGAGCUGUAGGUCUAAGUAGAGUCAGUGGAAGGAAGUUGUACCUCUUCCUCUCUGACAAAGUGUUCAUCUACAUGUCAUACAACAAUAAAAAUACUAAGAAGCCUGCUAAAAGCAGCAUUAGCCUGCCUGUUGCUUGUCUGAAGAGCAAAGAACAUGUAUCUAUGCAGAAAGACGUAACCAUGCCCCUGGUCCCCAAGUGUCUGCUUUACUUACAUUUCAACAUGUGGGGCUGUGCUCACUGGUGACUGUCUGUCAGAAAUUACUAUUCUUGUCCACGAUGACUGAAUCCAAACUUCCCUCCUGCGCAGUGGUGUGCCUGCCUAGCUUAGAGUAUCCACUCCUCCUAAUUUGCUGUUACCAGUACCCUCCUGUGUGACGAACAAUAACAGUGAAGGCUUGGAGUGAGGAGUCUGAUGUUCUUGGAGGCCACAGAGGCUGUUUCUACCACUAGAAGUUUUAACAAGGUUGUUUCUUUUGCAGGGACCCCCAUAUCAGCAGUCCUAGGUUUGGGCAGAGUGUGAUGGGACAGUGUUUUGCUUUGUGUAUUUCCAGCCACUGGCAGCAUUCACCUGUUCUGAGCAGCCUCCCACUUCAGACCUGGUGACCCUUGUGCCACUUGUCUCUGUUAGAAGAAACUGUAGUCAAACAUGAUGAUAUGCCAUGCUAAUGAGAUCACACCAACAAUUGCUUGCAACAGCACUGGUUUACUGUAGAGGCUGGACUCAAUCUUUGAGUCUAUAUCCCUGUUGCUUUGGUAAAAGGUGUUACAACACGGCAUCUUCACUCUGUGUCAUGUCAUCAUGAGAAUAGCAUGAGAUAAAUACAUCACCAAAAAAAAGUGUUCUGAUGCAGUAAGUUAGUGCUUGUUGGCAAAAUGGAAAGUUACAAAAAAAAAAAAAGAAAAAACAAAAAAAUAGUUCUUUAAAUAACUGUUUAAGAGUAGUAAUAACUUCUCGGAAGUAGAUUGGAGCUAAUUAAAACAUGUAGCAUGGCUGAAAACACUGCUGGUAAUCUCUGAAAUAUACAUCACACUACCAUAAUAAAAGAAGUUGUCUCUCUAGCAAGAGCAGAUCCUGCUGCUGGAUCUUCAUGGUUUCUCACAUACAAUGUAUGUGCUUUUCUGGUCUGCAAGCUCCCACCUUCUUGAUUGCUUCUCCCCCCCUUUUUUUUUUUUUUUUUUUUUUUUUUUUUAAUGCCCUGGGCACAUUUUUUGUAUGUUGAAAUAAUUUGGUUUAGUGUAUAGUUAGAAAUGUCUUUGUCACACUCACCAAUUCUAUUGUAGGAGUAAAGAAUGAAUCCAAUGUAUAAAAAACCCCUCUCCUUUUAAAUAUGUUAGUUUUAGGAAUUUAAAGCUCUGGAUACUGGGUUGGUUGGUCUUUGGUGGUUUGGGGUUUUGGGAUCUUUUUUGGGGGUGGGUUUUUUUUGGGGUUUUUGUGUGUUUGUUUCUUCAUGUAUAGUUGCAUCCAGCAGAAACAGCCAGUUGGAUGCCUAUAGGAGUUUUGUCAGCCAGGCACUGGGGCUGGGCAAUGCCCCACAAGAUUGUGGGGGGACUACAGAUCUGUUAAACUUACUGCAUCUUUUCUUCUGGAAAUGUAAAUAAAUCAGCCAGCCAACACUCCUACCUGUCACAUAAAUUCUUCUGCUGACUUCCUUUUUCUCAUCCUUGUGUCCUUCCCCUCCAAGAGGCCUGCAUUCACAUGAAGUUUGCAAUUAAAAUUGUAUCAGUUUUUCAAGGAAGCCAAACAAGGCAUGGCUGUCAAUUAGCUUUGGCAUUAAUGGAUGUUCAUGUUGCUAUGCUAGAGCUGACUUCAUGGAUGGAUUGGGGACCAAGCAUUAUAUUGCUUCCCUUUUACAAGACAAGUCCAAAUCCCCGCAUCCUGAUUUGUUGGAUUUGUGUGGGUCUCUGAGCAGCUUCUGGUAAAAUUUGUACAUUUCUGUGGAAGACCCAACAAGCGUGAUUAUGUAAUGUCCAAACAGAGGUUAGGUUACUUGUUGGAGGUUUGUGUUGGAGGGUCGUGCAGACAGCACUGGUCUUGAUUUAUACAACCCAUGCUAUGAGCUGUCCAAACACACUGUACUCAUCAGAAGAGCCUCAGCUGCCUGCUUCCCCUGUUGCUUUUAUUGCCAAAAAACUGGCCAGUCCACAUGGCUGCCAGGCCAAGUGUGUCCUUAUCUGGUGGAGGUAAGCAUUCUUCUGCUCUGCCUUGCAUCAGUAGCAUUUUACUGAAGCUGGGACAUGGGAAGUGUCAGUGUUGUUUCUGGAAGCAGACACUGGACAUGUGUCUCCUCAUCUUUCAAGUCUUCCUGGGCCUCUCCAGCUCUACUUUGAAUGACAGUUGAAAACAGCAGAGAAGAGAACCAGGACCCCACAGUGCAAGUCAUCUGUUCUUCCUGCCAAAAGAAAAAAAUCUUUCCUUUUUUGCUGAACCUCCAAGGGCAUAGUAUGGUGGAGGAAACUGCAUUACAGUGGGAUUCAUAUGUGUGAAGGCACUGCUUUCCAUGGUCUGAGUUUAUACUGAACUUACCCUGGCACAUUUCUGCCUAUGGCAUCAUUUGUUAAACUGAAAGGCAUCUGUUUGGUUUUGGUUUUGUAAUAAAAUAGAUAACUUUUG